AUGCCCGCUCAUGUCCGACGCUUUUCUGGCGUAUCCAACGACGCCGAGAGCGAAUAUUCACCACAAGCCAAACGGCGCAAGGUAUCUGUACGCAAUGCCCGUUUCGACGCGAUGAUAGACGCGAUGAACGCCGUUCGGAGGAUUUGGAUGCAGGGAACAACGCUCGAAGAUGUAUUCCACAAGAGCAUCAAAACCCCACUUUGGUCCGCAACGCUAACCGAAACAGAUCCGGAGACGGUCAUAGCAGCUCAUCUGGCAUUCUUGGAGGCUGGCUCACUUGUCAUCAUGACUUCGACGUAUCAACGCGCCUUCGAAACUUUCGAACGCGCUGGAUACGGUGAAGCAGAUGCUGUGACUUUGAUGAACAAAUCAGUAGAACUCGCCUCGGAAGCUAAAUCACGGUUUCUCGCACAAAACCCCAGUAUCACUGCAACAUAUAUCAAGAUCGCACUUGCCCUUGGGCCAUUUGGGGCUACACUCACAACUGCGCAAGAAUUUAGCGGAUACUACCCCCCUCCUUAUGGACCUCAAGAAUUCACACCUGACUUGGACGGCACGAAUACCAACGCGUUUUCUGCGGAAGAAAGCGAGGCGGAGGCUGUUGCUGUGGACAGCCUCGCUUCCUUUCACCUGAGGAGGCUACGUGUCUUCUGUAACCAUCCAUCGUGGGAUCUCGUAGAUGUCAUCGUGUUUGAAACUGUUCCACUUGUGCGAGAGAUCGCGGCAAUAAGGAGAGCGGUGGGCAUGCUCCCAGAAUUUGCUAUGAAAUCAUGGUGGGUUGCGACCGUCUGGCUAGAUGGCGUCUUUCUACAGGAGUCAGUUCCGGGUGGGGAACGUCUAUUGGCCGCUGACGUUGUUGAUGCUCUCCUACGGGAUGCGUCUCCAGCGAAUCCGGUCCCCACUGGGAUUGGCGUCAACUGCACACAAAUUGAGUAUUAUCCAGAAAUUAUACAGGCCCAUCGAAUUGCCUUCAAUGCGUUGCUACUUUCGCAGGUUGGAGACUCGAAGUUCGCGCGACCUCGGCUGGUUGUGUAUUCAAAUGGCGGGGUGAAAUACGAUCCCAUUGCACAUGUGUGGCUGGAUUCUGGAGUGGCACACAGAGGAGGCACGGGUAAGGCGCAGUGGGUGAAAGAGCUCGUUAGCCUUGCAAAGGAGGAAGGCAAAUUUGGUAGUUGGGCUGGGAUUGUUGUUGGGGGAUGUUGCAAAACUGCUCCAGACGAUAUUCACGCUCUUGCGGAAGAGCUGAAACUAAGUUGA